CCUGCAGUCAGUCUGGUCAUUCUCUGGUCAUUCCCUGCACUGUCUGCAGUCUCUGGUCAUCCCCUGCACUGUCUGCAGUCUCUGGUCAUUCCCUGCACUGUCCGCAGUCUCUGCAUCCCCUGCUCUGUCCGCAGUCUCUGGUCAUCCCCACUGUGUCCGCACUGUGUCAUCCCCUGUACUGUGUCCGCAGUCUUGGUCAUCCCCUGCACUGUGUCCGCAGUCUUUGGUCACUGUGUCCGCUCUGGUCAUCUCCUGUACUAUGUCCGCAGUCUUGGUCAUCCCCUG